CAGUCAUGACUCCACCUAGCGGACAAAGCGGGAGGCUACAAAAACAUGAACAAGCAAGAUGGCGACCGAGCGACUCAUAUCAAGGUUGGCAGUGGUCACAGGCGGGGGAAGCGGGAUCGGACGUGCCGUGUGUCAGCGCUUUGCCUCCGAGGGUGCCUCCGUGGUGGUCGCUGACAUCCGCCAGGAGUCGGCGAACGAGACCUUGCAAAGCCUGCCGACUGGCCUCAGAGGUCAGGGUCACAUGGCUGCCAUGGCGGACGUGUCGUCAAAGGAGAGCGUCAGGACGCUGAUCACGAGCAUUCAGACUCGCUACUUCCAGCCGCCCUCGGUGUGCGUGAACGCGGCCGGGAUCACCCAGGACGACUUCCUGCUCAGCAUGGAGGAGGAGCACUUUGACAGGGUCAUCCAGGUCAACCUCAAAGGCUCUUUCUUGGUCACUCAAGCUGUCGCUCAGGCUCUGGUGGCCUGUGGAGCCGCCAAAGGGUCCAUCAUUACUGUGGGCAGCAUUGUGGGCAAGGUGGGGAACAUGGGACAGGUGAAUUACGCCGCCUCUAAAGCUGGCGUGGAGGGUUUGACCAGGACCGCCGCCAAGGAGCUCAGCAGGUUUGGGAUUCGGUGUAACUGUGUGCUGCCGGGUUUUAUAUCCACCCCCAUGACGGACAAAGUACCGGAGAAGGUGAUCAGUAAGAUGAAGUCUUUGGUGCCUCUGGGGAGGAUGGGCGAGGCAGCAGAGGUCGCUGAUGUGUGCGCCUUUCUGGCCUCGGAUGAUGCUCGCUACGUCACGGGAGCCAGUGUGGAAGUGACAGGGGGGCUUUUCAUGGGCUAAAGGCGUCAGCUGCUGCAGAGCAAACUCGUGUUUGUUUUGUUGUCUUUUAGUGCCAAUAAACAUGCUACUCCGACCGGAAUGGACAGUCAACUCGUUUGAAGGUAGGAAUAAAAACCAGAAUUUGGUAUUUUUAUGACCAUAUUUGAAUGACGAUGUCUCAUAUAUUUUUAAUAUUUCACUUAAACCAGAGUGUCCACUAAAUAGUAUACCUUUUGAAAAAUGUUCCUUCUGAAUGAAUUGUUGUCAUAUAAACCUUUAAAUAUGUAGUUAUUGUCACUAUUAAGUAAUAGAAGGCAUGAUUGAGUUUCCUAAAAUACAGAGAAUGUGUCUAAAUAAGACUUAUGUGAAAUAAAUUCCUGAUAAUGACUCUGUGAAAAACUAAUAUACACUUACCAGGUGUCGCUGAGAAAACCAAACGAGUUGAGUUUAUACCAAAAUGGAUACAUGGAUGAUGCAGCAGAGGAUUGGGAGAAUGUCAUGUAGUCAGAUGAAACCAAAAUAGAACUUUUUGGUAUAAACUCAACUUUUCGUGUUUGGAGGAAGAAGAAUACUGAGUUGCAUCCCAAGAACACCAUACCUACUGUGAAGCAUGGGGGUGGAAACAUCAUGCUUUGGGGCUGGUUUUUCUGCUAAGGGGACAGGACGAUUGAUCCGUGUUAAGGAAAGAAUGAAUGGGGCCAUGUAUCGUGAGAUUUUGAGCCAAAACCUCCUUCCAUCAGUGAGAGCUUUGAAUGGUUGACCAAAUACUUAUUUUCCACCAUAAUUUAGGAAUAAAUUCAUUAAAAUUC